GCUGGGGUUAACGGCCUCUCACCAGGCGCCUGCGCACCGGGGGCGGUUGCGGCCUCGACGGGACGGGAGGCAGCGGAGGCUGUAUAUCUAAGAAAAGAUGGCAGACCCCUGGCAAGAAUGUAUGGAUCAUGCAGUUGCUUUAGCAAGGAAAGCCGGAGACAUGAUUCGUGGAGCACUCAAAGAAGAAAUAUCUGUUAUGACUAAAAGUUCGCCGGUAGAUUUGGUGACAGAAACCGAUCAAAAAGUAGAAAACUUCAUUAUUUCUUUGAUAAAAGAAAAGUAUCCUUCUCACAGCUUCAUCGGGGAAGAAUCUGUUGCAGCUGGAGAAGGCAGCAUUUUGACAGAUAACCCCACAUGGAUUAUUGACCCUGUUGAUGGAACUACCAACUUUGUACACAGGUUUCCAUUUGUGGCAGUUUCAAUUGGCUUUGUUGUAAACAAAAAGAUAGAGUUUGGAAUUGUGUAUAGUUGCAUAGAAGACAAGAUGUACACUGCCAGAAGAGGAAAGGGUGCAUUUUGCAAUGGUCAAAAACUUAAAGUAUCAGGCCAAGAAGACAUUACAAAAUCCCUUUUAGUAACAGAAUUGGGCUCAAAUCGUGAUCCAGAGACUAUAAAAAUAAUUCUUUCCAACAUGGAAAGACUUCUCAGUAUUCCUAUUCACGGGAUUAGAGCGGUUGGCACAGCAGCUGUGAACAUGUGCCUUGUGGCAACGGGAGGAGCCGAUGCCUAUUACGAGAUGGGGAUUCACUGCUGGGAUAUGGCAGGGGCUGGAAUCAUCGUUACUGAGGCAGGGGGGGUACUGCUAGAUGUCUCAGGUGGACCAUUUGAUUUGAUGUCUCGAAGAAUAAUUGCAGCAAGUAGUCGGGCUAUAGGAGAGAGAAUUGCCAAAGCCCUCCAAAUAAUUCCUCUGAGAAGGGAUGAUGCGACUGACUGAACACCAAACCUACAGCUUCCAUGUAAUUAUACACUGUUGUCUCAUACUCCCAUGUGGUCGUUGUUCUACACCUUGAACCUGAUAAAAAGAUAGAGAAAUAGAUGGUAGUCUUUCAGCACUGGUGGGACUGUUAAGUAGUGUUUUGGGAUUGGACCAACGUUCUAAGUAAGCUUUUACUGUUAAGUGUUUCAUUUAACAUCACAAUUACAUAAAGAUCUCUAAAAAGAAGCAAAUAUAUACAGCUAAUAGUUUCAAGUUCUAUACUGCACUGGAAGGCGUACGAGAGACUCUUUGAUGUAUAGAUAAGCAAAGAUAAUUUAUACUUGUGGAACUCUGGUUCCACAAAUGACAAAACAAAAUUCAUUGUCUUAGCACCACAUCAUCGCAUCUGAUCCUGAACCCCCAAAGAUGAAGGCAUUAGUGUUUAUCCAGUCUUUCUCUACCCUGUCUGUUGAUCAGUGCCAUCAGUGUAUCCAUUUCCUUCCCUGGUUAGAGUUUUUGUAGAGGUAGCUCACACAUUUUCAAACUUUCUUUAGCUGCUUCUGGUUUUGGCCCUAAUUUAAAGCUGUUAUUACUUAGCUGUCAUGGUUUUUGUAUUCAUCAUUCUACCUUUCUUACGGUAGGUAAACACAUCCUAUUCUUUAGGCUCUUAUGUGGCCAGUAUGCUUGCAGAUUUAUUACAGUUGCUAAAAUAAUAUGUUUUGUACCAGAAAAUAUGCACAUCUCCCAGAAAUAAGUUGUGAGCACAACUUCUAUCACCAAAUGGAUUUACUGUACAUUGAGGUGAAGUGUGAUUUGCAUUUGACCAUUGGAAUCAGCUGAUACUAGGUCCCCUGCAUUAUUCUUGGCAGGUGUAACUCCUGUUAAUUUUGCUUAGGAUUCUCCAUGGAUGAGUGUCUUUCAAAGUCUAAGGAAUUAUUAAAAUUCAAGAGAGUUUUCAGUAACUCAGCUCACAAAAAUAUAAGCCUAUAGUCCAGAUUUUUUUACGUCAUUUUCUGUAAGUUAUAAAAGCACUGACCGACCAGGAUCAGGUUUCCAUUGUGUUAUAGAGUGUACAGGCACAAAAGAAAUACACAUCUAAACCUAGAGGGUUUAUAAAUAUAAGAAAUGUUAGUAAUUUCAUUCUUGGUGUCAGUUGUUCUAAACUUUGAAAAUUGUACUGGUUCUUUGAAUUUUUGUAUUGAAGGUUUUUAAAAGUAUUGGUGUACUCUUCAAAUAAUUACUGCAUUUAAAAAAAAUAUUUAACUUAGAUAAAUGUUUAGACUGAUUUUUCCACAUUUCCUAAAGAAAGUUGUCUCAUUGGUAGUCCAGUAAAGACACAGCAGUGCUAUGGAAACUCUGGCUUCUUGUACUGCUGUCCUGCUAUUUUUAUUUUGGGAAACAGUGUUCUCUGUUUUGAAGUUUCAGCAGAUCUCUUACUGUAAAUUCCAGUCUUUUGUAUCAGUUGAUUUUUGCAGAAAUAUUUAAUUUGAAGUUGUAUCUAAUGCCAGACAAUUAACAUUAAUGAGAUUUAAAGGUCUUGUCAAAAAGCCAGGCUUACGUUAAGUUUACUUUUUAAGUUCCCAUUGACAAGGAUAGAAACUUUUUGAUCGUUUCAGUGUAACUGAUGUGGGAUCAUUAUUAUUUCUAGAGAAGCCUGUCUGCUGAACUAUUUGGCGCUUCAAGUUAUCUGAUUUAGUGGGAGGUGUCUCUACCCGUGGCAGGUGGGUUGGAACUAGAUGAUCUUUGAGGUCCCUUCCAACCCAGUCCAUUCUAUGAUGAUCUCUGUGGCUUUCGUAUAACAGAUUCUGCAUAAUUUUUUUUAAACUGAUUUACUUGUGAAAUGGAGACGUGUCUAAAAAAUACUUGAGAUGGGAGAACACAUUCGAAAUAAAUAUGCUUUAGUGGCAGUGGC